AUUGCAAGGAAAACAACUCCAAGGAAUACAUUUGGUUGGGUGAGGGCUGAGGUGAUGGGAGCAAUGAUAAAUGCAGUGUUCUUGGUUGCCUUGUGCUUUACCAUCAUGGUAGAGUCCCUCAAAAGACUUCUUGAAAUUGAGAAAAUUGACAACCCAAAAUUGAUUCUGGUAGUUGGUACUGCAGGCUUAGUGGUCAACCUUAUUGGCCUGGCUCUUUUUCGUGAACAGGGAAGCAAACCCAGCAAGAAAAGUCAGAGUGGCAGUAGUAAACAUGGCCAUAGUGACAAUGGAAGUGAACAUGGUAAUCUUGAAGGCCAUUCUGUCAAAGUAGAGCUCAGUGGAGUUUCUAGCAAUGAACCUAUUACCAGUAUAGUGACUUUGGAUGGUGUCCAUGGUGAUGGACAAAAAGAAAAGGAUGAAAAUCCCAAGAUGGUUUCCAGUGCCCAGCUGAAUAUGCGAGCUGUGUUCCUCCAUGUAAUGGGUGAUGCAUUAGGUUCUGUCAUUGUAAUAGUCAGUGCACUGAUUAUAUGGUUCGCAGAAGGUGAUUGGAGAUAUUAUGUAGAUCCAGCAAUGAGUUUGGCUAUGGUGACCAUCAUCUUGAGUACCACUAUGCCAUUAU